AUGUCCGAUACUGAGAAUGUUCCAACAGAGGAACCUACGGAAGUUAUGGAGGAUCACGAAGAGACAGAGCAUGAAAAUGGCACAACGUGUUUUUAUACAAAUGACGACGAAAUACGAACGGUCUUCUCUGAUCCAGUUAACUUCAAUGUGAAACACCCACUAUUUAAUAGCUGGACGUUAUGGUUUGACAAUCCAGGAAAAAAAGCAAAUACGGCAAGUUGGUCUCAGAACUUAAAAGAGCUGAUCACUUUCGAUUCCGUUGAGGAAUUUUGGGGAGUGUACAAUAAUGUUGUCAAAGCUAGCGAAUUAUCUGCUGGUUCCAAUUAUCAUCUUUUCAAAAAAGGAAUAAAACCGAUGUGGGAGGAUUCAGCAAAUGAACAGGGUGGUAAAUGGGUUAUUCAAUUUCCUCGGAAUAAAACCGGUGACGAUAUCAACGACCUCUGGCUUUUUACGAUGCUCGCAUGUAUAGGAGAGUCCUUCGAUCAUGCAGAUGAGGUGUGUGGCGCGGUAGUUUCUGUCCGAAAAAUUUUUUACAGAAUUUCUCUUUGGACGCGUACGUCAAAUAAAGAAAUCUGCGAACCUCUAGGACGUCAAAUGAAACUAACUUUAAGUUUAAAUCCAAACCAACAACUUGAAUUUCAACCACAUUCUGAGUCUAUUAAGAGUGGUAGUCAUAACAAAGACCGUCUUGUUGUAUAA